AUGUUAUGUCAUCAAACCCUUUUGGCAAGUCUGCAAUAUCUUUCUCUCAUUAUCAUCUGGGAAGGGUUUGGACGACAGUGUUAUUUUGAUUCAGUCCACAAUAAAUUCAAGGAAAUGCCUCGUAAAGUAUCAUAUGGAGUUGAUUUUGAUGAAGAGUAUGAUGCUUAUGAUGAUUAUUGUGAUGAGUAUGAUUAUAAUCAUGGCAAUGGCAUAGAAGAGCAUGACACUGAAUGUAGGAUGCAAAAAUUGGUAUAUUACAGAAAUGAUCUGUGUAUAAAUACUUCUAGAAAUGUCCAUGUAUUAUUUUUUUUACAGGAAUGUGAGAACCCUCUUAUUCAUGCUGCAAGACAAGGGCAUACCUCCACUGCCAAAUACCUGAUUGAACAUGGUGGUAAUCCUAAACUAUCAAGUGAAUUAGGAGCUAUAGCUCUACAUCUUGUUGCUGGAAUAGUAAAUAAUGAGUUGAUGGAAGCUUUGUUAUCCAUUGGUGUUGAAAUUGAUUCCCAAAGUGAUGUUGGCACACCUCUUGUUUGGGUUGUUGAUCAUGGACAACAAGAUGCUUUAAAACUUCUUCUAAAACACAAGGCUAAUGUAAGACUUCAUUGAUGGCUUCAUAACAAUCUUUUUAUAGUUGUAUUCAUUCAACUUCUUUAUUGAUAUGUUUAUUGUUUGUGGAGUGAUGAUGGAAGAUGUAAAAUUGAUGAAAACAAGAUUAUAGCAUUUGUGAUUCACAUAUGAAUCACAUGUGAUUUACAUAUGAAUCACAUGUGAUUCACAUAUUAAUCAUAUUU